CCUGGAAUGAUCCAUCAAGGGGCCAUUAAAUGCAUUAUAUAUGAUUAUAAUAUAUUUUAUCCUGCUGCGCUCGGUGCGCCGAUCGGAUAAUAAUCAACGCGAAUUCCUGGCUAAUUGCAAAUAGUCGGAUUUAUUUUUUUCCCCCAAUUGCUCAGUGUUUAAAAACUCAAAGUCAAAUUGUGUUGUUCGCCUCUUUAAAGAUUUGUAAAUCGAUAACCACUUGUUGAACAUACCUGCGUUCCAGGAAGCAUCCUCAUUUUCAAUAGUGUCAAUGAUUGGAUGUUGGUGAAGUGGUGAUGCAGGGCACGAUGCCAGUGAAAACAAAGUCUCGUGUACCGGAAACAAUGGGUGUUGCAGAUGGACUUGUGGAUGCUAGAGCAAAACAGGUGUUACGAGAAGCAGUAGACGCAGUUGUCAACAGUUUCGCUAAACACACACAGGGCUAUGGAAGAGUUAAUGUAGUAGAAGCUCUUCAGGAAUUUUGGCAAAUGAAACAAAGUAGAGGAACAGAAUUACGAAAUGGUGCACUUGUGAUUUAUGAAUCUGUACCAGGAGCAAGUCCACCUUAUGUGUGUUAUGUAACACUUCCUGGUGGAUCGUGUUUUGGUAGCUUUCAAAAUUGUCCCACAAAAGCGGAAGCACGUCGAUCAGCGGCAAAAAUUGCAUUAAUGAAUUCGGUAUUUAAUGAACAUCCAUCGCGAAAAAUAACUGAUGAUUUCAUUGAAAAAGCAGUAGCUGAAGCAAGAGCAAGUUUUGCUAAACCUUCAGCUGCAAAUGGAAUCAGUAAUAAAAUUCAGAAUAAGAGUGACGAGAAAGAAGAUCCAAAUACUGGAAUUGGUGCUUUUCGUUUUAUGCUCGAGUGUAAUCGUGGACGAACAAUGCUUGAAUUUCAAGAAUUAAUGACUGUAUUUCAAUUGCUUCAUUGGAAUGGCUCAUUGAAAGCAAUGCGAGAAAGACAAUGCAGCCGACAGGAAGUUGUUGCACAUUACAGUCAUAGGGCACUCGACGAUGAUAUGAGAAGUCAAAUGGCACUUGAUUGGGUUGCAAGGGAACACGAAAGUGGAGGUGGUGUUGUUGCAAUGGAAUUAUCACUUGCUGAACGUGAACUCGAGACAGCACGAUUAGCAGGACGUGAACUUCGAUUUCCAAAGGAAAAAAAGGAUAUAUUAAUGCUUGCCCACGCUCAGGUUUGCCCUCAAUAAUUUGCGAAAUUCAAAAAAAAAAAAAAAAUUCUAAAUUAAAAACAGAAAAUUUAAUAUUUUUUAAAGAGAAACAAUUGACUGGACCAUAUUUUUUGUUCCAUUUCUCGAAUUAGUAAUUUAUAAUUACAAUUUUAGAAUCAAUUUAACAGAAAAAAAUUAUAUUUAUAAAAAUUCUUUAUCAAUUUAGAUUCAAUCAAUUUUUUUUAAAAUAGAUCUCCAACAAAUUUAGAAAUCAAAUUGCUCAGGCAUUAUUAUAUUACGAGUGUUUACUUUCUCUCUUUCUAUCAAAAAUCAAUUGAAAAAUUAAUAUGUAUAUAUAUAAUACGUGCAGGGCGCAUAAAUCUCAUAUCAUUUGUUCGUAAGUUAUAUAAUUGGCUUUCGUUUUAUAGAUUUGUAUGAAAUUGUUUUCUACGUUAAUAGUUUUUAAGGAGAAUAAUGCAUCUCAUUAGGUGAAAAUUAUAAAAAUUCGUAUAAUCAUAAAUACGAAUUUGGAAUAUUAUUUGGAAAAAAAACUAAUAUAUAAGCGAAAUUUUAUUUUGUAUGAUGAUACAAUUUUUUUUUUUUUUCGCGAGCUAAGUCUGAUUUUUGGGUUUUUUUUAAAGUCUACGCUAUAGUAGAUGUAUGCUACAGUUGUGACUAUUGUCAUAUGUUGUGAUACAUGAUUAGCAUUUAUUUGAUUAUAUACGGUCAUUAUUUCGCUAAUUUUAAAUUAUAAGAUGACACGUGUCUUCCUAAGCACCGUUUUGGUGAAAUUUUUUUUUUUUUUUUUUAUAUAUAUUUUACAAGAUUAUCACUAAAGCAUUAAAGUGCUUUUUUCUAUUAUUUAAGUGUUAAAUUAAUAAAUAAUCAAAAUUUUUUAGACUGAAAUAUUUUUUUUUAUCUAGGAAAUGAAAAUAACUUUUCAGCUUAUCUGAAGAUAAAAUUUCUUUAGAACUGAAAAAUUUUUUUAUGGAAAAAAUAUGUUAGUCCCUAAAUAAUGAUUUUGAUAUUGAAUUGAAGGGACUCUAAUGAUUGAAGUACUUAAUACAGAAAUAAUUAUUAUAGAUGAAGUAUACGCAAAUUUUUUUUGUUUUUCAAUGUUUUACUCUAUAUUUUAUUUUAUUUUUUUGCUAGAAAUGUGAAUUCCAGCGAUAUUAUAGUUUAGUGAAUUUGCUUGCAUGAUCAAAACUCGAUGAGAGAUGAGAUAUUUAGCUUGACUGCGAUUUUAAUAGUAUUCAUUUUAUAUAACGAUGUUUAUUUUCAAUAUUAUUAAUAAAAAAAAAAAAAUUUACAAUA